AUGGCCGCAGCGGCAGCAGACGGGGAGCGCAGGAUCGGGGUGGCCAUGGACUACUCGGAGAGCGCCAAGAAGGCGCUGGACUGGGCCAUCGACAACCUGCUCCACCACGGGGACACCCUCGUCGUCCUCCACGUCCUGCACCACGGCGGGGAGGAGACCAAGCAGGCGCUCUGGGCCAAGUCCGGAUCCCCGCUGAUCCCCCUCUCCGAGUUCCGGGAGCCCGAGGUGAUGCAGGGCUACGGCGUGCGCCCUGACGCCGAGGUGCUCGACAUGAUCGACACGGCGGCGCGCCAGAAGCAGCUGAAGGUGGUGGCGAAGCUGUACUGGGGCGAUGCCAGGGAGAAGCUCUGCGACGCCGUCGAGGAGCUCAAGAUCGAUUCCCUCGUCAUGGGUAGUCGCGGCCUCGGCCCGAUCCAGAGGUAUAAUCCUGAGCCGCCAUUACUACCACUACUGAAAUGUCAAAUGCUGCCUCGUCAAAACUGGAAUACGCUGUCCUGCUUGACCAUUGAGCCCCUAAACUAG